UUUCAUCUAAAAUAGCCUAAACCCAUCAAAACAAAACCCCGUCCAAACAUUGAAUUAAAGAGUGGUGUUGUAUUCAUGGCGGCAUUUCUUCGAACAUCUGGUAGGUCACUUGUCUCGACUUGUGGCCAAUUUAGUCGGAGUAACGCAUCGCAGGCAAUUCAAAAAUCAUCAUUUGAAUCAAACAUACUCAGAAUCCUUCGCAAUGAAAUCCAAUAUCAGUUAGAUUAUGCUCCUCCCCAUCCGCCUGUUACAAAGUUCAAUACAUUUAUGGUGGAAGACCGGCCAGGUGAACAGUGGAUUACCUUGAGGAGAAAAUUCGACAAUGAUGAACAUAUCAAAAUCGAGGCAACGAUGAUUGAUGGAGCAAUUACUGUUCCAAAAGCAAAUGAUGAGAAUUUAGGGGAAGAAGUGCGGCUUCACAUAAGUGUGCUAGUUGACAUAUGGAAGGGUGAAAAUAGUGAGUUCUUGGAGUUCGUUUGUUCAUCCUGGCCAAAUUCCUUGGAAAUUCAGAAAGUUUACUUGCUCAGAAGCGAUGGUUCUCGAGCUCAACCCUAUAUGGGCCCUAAUGUCAAGAAUUUGAAGAGUGGCUUCCGAGAUGGUCUAAAUGAAUUCCUAAAGGCAAGAGGAAUAAAUGAUGAACUUUCAGCAUUCCUUCAUGAAUUUAUGAUGAAUAAAGAUAGAAUUGAAGCAAUUAGUUGGUUGAGAAAACUCCAGUCUUUUGUGGAAAAUUAAAGGCACGGCACGUCUUUGCUCUCUCAAAUUAAAUUUGUAAAAUCAUCUAUUGUAACCUUUCUUUGUUUUGCUGUGAUUUUUUCCUUGAUAUUUCUAUCCUUCUUACCUCUGUGUGCGUGGAUGAUGGUGUAAACAACUACAUCAUAAUAUUGCUUCUCAAGUCAUUAUGGAAUUUCUCCACAGA